AUGCGCGUCGCAACAGUCUUGGCUUCAGCCUCUCUGGCAAUCGCCUUUGACUGGCAACAAGUUCUCGGUACCGAUAACAACAAUAACGCGCCUGUUUUGAGUGACAGUGCUCCCUCGUACCGAUCUGAGCUGUUGAGCUUGCACAAGUCUCUCAUCGAGACUUCUUCCGUCUCAGGAACUGAGCAUGAUGUCGGUGUUUGGCUUGAGAAGUAUCUUGAGAAGAAGGGAUAUACCACUGCGCGUCAGGAACUCGAGCCUUUUGAGAAUACGCCGGAGGGAAAGACGCGGUUUAAUGUGCUGGCUUGGCGACAGGAUGGGAAGAAGGCUUUUGAGCCCAAGAUUGCUGUGAGCAGUCAUAUUGAUGUUGUCCCGCCGCAUAUUCCUUAUGGAAUUGAUGAUGGAGAAAUCACGGGGGACACUAUGAUCACUGGUCGUGGAAGCGUUGAUGCGAAGGGUAGUGUCGCUGCUCAGAUCACCGCCCUGGAGAACCUUAUCAAGGACGACAAGAUUGAUGCUCACAAGGUUCUUCUCCUGUUCGUCGUCGGCGAGGAGGUCAAGGGUGAUGGUAUGCGCCGUUUCAGUACCGCCCUCGAGGAGAAGGAGCUUCCAUACAACCUGGACGCUGUUAUCUUUGGUGAGCCCACCGAACUCAAGCUUGCUUGCGGACACAAGGGCAUGUUGGGCUGCGAUGUCACCACCAAGGGCUUCCCCGGUCACAGCGGCUACCCAUGGUUGGGCAAGUCAGCCAACGAACUCAUGAUCCGAGCAUUCGCCAAGAUCUUCGAAACCGAUCUUGGUAGCAGUGAGCUGUUUGGUAACACUACUGUCAAUGUUGGUCGAUACCAUGGUGGAGUGGCAGCAAAUGUCAUUCCCGAGGAGGCCAAGGUCGGUGUGGCUGUUCGUGUCGCCAGUGGAAAGCAAGCCGACGGACACGUUGCUGUCCAUGACAAGAUGCAAGCCAUCUUUGACGAAGUCGACAAGGACGCCUUCACUUUCUACUGCACCCACGGCUAUGGUCCUGUCGAGGCCAACUGCGACGUCGAUGGUUUCGAGAAAAUCACCGUCAACUACGGAACUGACAUUCCCAACCUCAAGGGCGACCACACACCAUACCUGUACGGUCCUGGAAACAUUUUGGUAGCACAUGGCGCGCGAGAGAACCUGACCGUCGCCGAUCUUGAGACCGCUGUCGAGGGAUACCAAAAACUGAUUCUUCAUGCGUUGAAGCAAUAG